AUGGACGUGGACAGCGCCCCUUCGGGGGGCCACAACCAGCAGCACCCCAGCUCUGAAAGCACGCCUCAAGGUCAAGGUGCUCAGGCGGGAGCUUCGGGAGCUCCAUCCCAGGGCAACCCAACCCCCACCUCAGUCCACUCCUCUAAUACAACUUCAACCGCCUCGGGAGCCGCAAACCCAAUCAAUCAUUCGCAAAACUCAAAGCGCCGUCGUGGCUUGGGCGUCGUGACACCCAAUGCUUGUACAGAAUGUCGCAAGAAACGCGCAAAGUGUGACGGCGGAAAACCAUGUGGGCGCUGUAAAGGACAAAAAGACGUCGAAUGUGUUUACGAGAUCCCUGUACGACAAUCGAAAGAAAACCUGCGGUCCGAGAUUGAAAACCUCCGCCAACGGCAGCGUUCUAGCGAUCAAGUCAUUGCUGCGCUCGUCCGACCAGAUCUUUGGGAGGAGGUCCUGACCCGGCUUCGUAGUGGCCAGUCUGUUGAGAUUAUAUCAGAAUGGCUCGGUGGAAUUCUACCCUCAGGCGGAGGCGCAAUACCUUCAUUCGCCCCGAGAGCUGAAGCGCCUACUAUGGGCCCUGUUGCUGGUUUUCCGGGUGGUGGGCUUGGAACAUUGGCGGCCAUGAGUCUCGGUGUGAACCCUGUGGCAGCGCCACAGGGUUCGCUGAGGCCUGAGAUGGGUCAGCAUAGUCCUUGGCACUUCUCUUCUCAUAGCCAGGCUGGAUCGACUCGAAGCAACUCACACCCAGACGUCAUGAACUGGACGACGGAUCUUAGAGGGCCGCCGCAGACUCGAGUAGGAUCAUGGGCGGAGGGCAUACAUCCAGACCAAAUGUCAGACGGCCUACCAAGGUAUCGCGGCGUCGAGCAGGUUCUGUCACCAUUGAACGAACCUGAGCUGCGAGCGCCAGCAACCACAUGGACGAACAUCACUCAGGACAUUACCCUCGUACAACACCUCUUGGCGCUCUACUUUUGCUGGGAGUAUCCUACCUUUGCCUCGUUAAGCAAGGAACACUUCCUGCAAGACUUUCAGGAUGGGCGAUAUCGAUACUGCUCGCCGAUCCUGAUGAACGCUCUUCUGGCCCUGGGCUGUCGAUUCUCGACCCAGCCCAUGUCGCGUGCGAAUCCUAACGACCCCUACACAUCUGGCGAUCACUUUUUCAAGGAGUCGCUGCGACUAUUCGCUCAAGAGACAGAUCACCACUCUCUGACGACGAUUCAAGCGCUCGGUAUAAUGUCAAUUCGUGAAGCCAGCUGUGGACGAGACUCGGAAAGCUGGUAUUAUGCAGGCCAAAGCAUCCGGCUUGCCAUUGAGAUGGGACUCCAUCGCAUUCAGGAUGAGGGUGACGAAGAUGAAAUCGCAGUUCAGUCGGCAACCUUUUGGGGAGCAUUUGCGCUGGAUCACGCCUGGUCCCUCGCCACGGGCUCAUUGCCUCAGUGUUCCUGCUUCCCUCACCUACCACCGAAGCCCGCGAUAAUAGGAGACAUCGAGGCUUCUCUGUGGGUGCCGUACACCGACGACGGGGCUCCGCUGCAACGCUCAUGCCAGCAGCCAUCUAAUGUACGAUCCGUGCCCCUGACAUCUAGGGAUCUGUUGGACAUUUACACUCAGUACCUGAACUGGUAUGAUCGGAUACCAGAGGUGCUGCGGCUGGGGCACAAUUUUACCCCAGCCGUUUUAUUUGCCCACAUGUACUAUCACUUUGCGAUUCUACUCCUUUUCCGACCCUUAAUUAAGCUGCGGAUCAUUGGAUCCAAAGUCUCGCCGCGAGACGUUUGCUCUCAGGCAGCAGACGCUAUCCAAGGCCUCUUGAGGUCAUAUUCAUCUCUAUACACCUUGCGAAGAACCCCAUCCUUCGUCCCCUACUUUGUCCUCACAUCAGCCAUCAUGCAUUUGGCUGUUGGGGCGACAACGGUCAAGUCGGAUGACGAGGACGACGACAUGGAGAGAGACAUGGAGAGGGCAGCCAAGAUUGACCCUCAUGUGGUGGAAUCAAUUACUCAGGGGAUCGCGGAUCUCACCGAAAUGGCUCCCUGCCAUCACUUUGCCGAGCAGGCUCUCAACAUCCUACGCUAUCUCGCCCAGAAAUGGGACAUCGAAGUGGGCAUCAGCGGCGACAAGCUGACAGCAGAAGAGUACGACCGGCUGGUGAAGCCGCACACAGGAAGCCUCAACUUCUUUGCGCCCAACGUACGCGAGGGGGACAUGAUGUGUCAAUGGGGUACAGGACAGUUUCUUGCGGGAGGUGAUGAUACGGCCAAUGUCAAGAAGACGGGGGAUAGUAUGGAGAACCCCCUCUUCUGGCCAUUCCCGAUGCAAGGGCGUCCUAUUCUGCCGAGCGGCAAAGAAUUGGAACAGGCAGGCUUUGCGGUGAUAUGA